GUGCAUAAUCCUUGCUUUGGAAAAUAGAUAAAUAAGCGGUGUAGAACUUUCUACCUCUUUUGAGUUGUGACGGAAGAAGUACUAGUAGUCCAGCAACGAUCUUGGAUCCUCACAAUUUCUAGGGCAACACAAUUUAAUUUCCCCUAUUUGAUUUCUUCCCAUCUCUUUCUCUCUCUCCUUAGUGUCUUCGCAAUUUUAAGAACAAAAUUAGGGUCUUUUCAGUAACCGGAACAAAAACAUGCCUCAAAGACAUUCGAAGAAUAACAACGAUCUCGCGUUCUUCACCUACGAUGAGAAGCGUAAAUUAGGGUAUGGUACUCAAAAGGAGAGAUUAGGGAAAGACUCCAUUAAACCUUUCGACGCUUGUUGUCUCUGCUUAAAGCCUGUAAUUGACCCUUUGUGCUGCCCUAAAGGUCACGUCUUCUGCAAAGAAUGCAUUCUCGAAUGCUUACUUUCACAGAAGAAGGAUAUUCAAAGAAAGUUAGCUGCACAUUCUGUUCAAAAGAAGCAAGAGAAGGAAGAACAGGAGGAAAAAGUAAUGCUUCAAAAGGCUAGGGAGCUUGAGGUAUUUGAUCAGCAAAAUCAUGGUGCGGUGCCUCAUCACAGUAAGAGCUAUUCUCGUGACAAGAAUGGUUUCCAUGGUGCAAAUAGUGUCAAGGCCACCUCUUUUGAAGAAGAAGCCUUGAGAACUAUGAAAGCUUUUUGGCUUCCUUCUGCAACUCCUGAAGCACCGGCUAAAGUAGAUGCUCCUUCCACCAGCACAACUUGUCCGGAGGGACAGGAGAAGCUUAAGCUGAAAUCUCUCUUCCCCAUAAAGUUUACAGAAGAGAAUGAUGAUGACUACAAAUCUAAGGCUUAUGAUAAAAAACACAUUUGUCCAAGCUGCAAGGUUACACUGACCAACGCAAUGUCACUUGUGGCUCUUAGCUCUUGCGGUCAUGUUUUCUGCAAGAAAUGUGCAGAUCAGUUUAUGGUUGUUGACAAGGUUUGCCUAGUUUGUGAUAAGCCAUGUAAAGAAAAAAAUUUGGUAUGUUUGAAGAAAGGAGGUACCGGAUUUGCUGGUCAUGAUGACCAUUUGGAAGCAACAGAUUUCAAGCAUUUAGGAAGUGGUUCAGGAUUAGGGCUUGUAAGGCCUGCUCAGAAGGUUUAAGUUCGUUUCAUACUAUGUAGCUGCAAAAACCUUACCUCCUAAAUGCAUUUUUCAAUUUCCCUGUUGUGAGGCUGUGGUUUUAAUUUGGUAAGAUCUUGAGGAUCUUUCUUAUAAUGUACCCCCUCUUACUCAUUUUGAAUAUUCUUAUUUAUGGUAUUGGGAUCACUUUUUCUCUUA